UCCUCCCAAAUUUGCAGAUCAGAUCUCCCAGUCCACACAAGUCCUCCCAAAUCCAAAUCCUCCCCAAGCCAGCCUGGUUGCUGAGACGAUCCAAGAAAUCUUUAGUCUGCCCCCGUGAUUAAACCAAGGAUCGUUUGCGGUCCGGCGGCCCCCGUCGCCUCGCUGCACCAGCUACUCGUCUCCGGGGAAGGUGCCGGCCGCGGCGUACGUGCGUGCUAUACAGGGUUCACAUCCCUUGCUAGCUCGAAGCCAUCCUCCGCGACGGAAGCCGUACCGACCGCGGCCGGUAGGAUUUACAACGACAACUCGACCUACGUACACUCCUGUCCACCCAAAAAUUAAUUCAGCGGGCUGCAAAUUCUCAUAACCAUGGAGGCUGCUCUGGUGAGUGCAGCUACCGGGGCAUUGAAACCUGUCCUGGGGAAGCUGGUCACUCUUCUCGGUGACAAGUACAAGCGUUUCAAUAGGGUGCGCAAGGAUAUCAAGUCCCUCACCGACGAACUCAGGACCAUGCAUAAUUUUCUCCUCAAGAUGUCGGAAGUGGAGGAUCUUGAUUGGCAGGAUAAGGUGUGGAUGAAUGAGGUGCGGGAGCUUUCCUAUGACAUGGAGGACGCCAUCGACGACUUCAUGUUGUGUGUCGAUGAUAAAGACACUAAGCCAGAUGGCAUCUUGGAGAUCAUCAAGAGCUCGCUUGGGAAGAUGAAGGCUCGCCGUCGGAUUGGUAGCGAGAUCCAAGAUUUGAAGAAACAAAUCAUCGAGGUGGGCGACAGGAAUGCAAGGUACAAGGCUCGUGAGGCUUUCUCCAAGGCUAGUAAUGCAACUGUUGACCACAGAGCUCUUGCGAUCUUUGAGCAUAAAUCAAAGCUUGUUGGAAUUGACGAACCAAAGGCUGAGAUAAUCCAAAUCUUGACACAAGAGGAUGGAUGUGUGUCAACACAAAUGCAGUUAAAGGUGGUUUCCAUAGUUGGAUCAGGAGGGAUGGGCAAGACAACUCUUGCAAACCAAGUGUAUCUAGAGCUCAAAGAGAAAUUCGAGUGUCAGGCUUUCUGUUCAGUCUCACAACACCCAGACAUGAUAAAAGUCCUGAGAACUAUUCUCAGUGAGGUGGCUAAGAAAGAUUAUGCCAUCACAGAAGCUAUGGAUGCUCAACAACUGAUCUUCAAGAUCUCCAGAUUUCUAGAGAACAAAAGCUAUUUUAUCGUUGUCGAUGAUAUAUGGAAGAAUGAUUCAUGGGAUGUCAUCAAGUGCGCAUUCCCCGUAACCAGUUGUGGCAUAAUAAUCACCACUACUCGUAGAAAGGAUGUCGCUUGUUCAUGUCGUUCAUCAUUCAAUGGUCAUAUUUAUAACAUAAGACCUCUUGAUAUGAUGCAUUCGAGACAGUUAUUUCUCAUGCGACUAUUCAACUAUAGAAAUGGCUUCCCUUCACACCUUGAAGAGGUUUCUAGUCAAAUCUUGGAAAAAUGUGGUGGCUUACCUUUAGCGAUCAUUGCUAUAUCUAGUUUGUUGGCAAAUAGAGGAAGUACAAAGGAUCAGUGGGAUGAAGUGGAAAAUUCGAUUGGUUGUGCACUGGAAAGAAAUGAUACUGUUGAUAGAAUGAUGAAGAUUAUGUCACUUAGUUACUUUGAUCUUCCUCCUGAUCUCAAGACUUGUUUAUUGUAUCUGAGUAUAUUUCCAGUGGGCUAUGUUAUUGACAAGCAAGAUCUCAUACGAAGAUGGACUGCUGAAGGAUUCAUUCAUAAAAACUCCAGAUAUACGGUACAUGAGGUAGGUGAUAUGUAUUUUAAUGAGCUCGUGGAUAGGAGUUUAAUCCAACCCGUGAAGACUGAAGAGCAUGGUAAGGUGAACGGUUGUCGAGUUCACAACACAAUUCUUGAUUUCAUCAUCUCCAAGUCCAUCGAAGAGAACUUUGUUACUUUAGUUGGUGUUCCAAAUCUUAAAAUUGAUACAGAAAGCAAAGUUCGCCGGCUCUCUCUCCAUGUUGAAGAUGCAGAAAAUUCUACCAAUCGGCUCUCUCUCCAUGUUGAUGAUAAAAGGAAUUCUAUUCCACUGACGAGCCUAGAGUUGUCUAAUGUCCGAUCACUCACUGUGUUUGGGCAAUCAUGGGAAAUCCCUUCAGCGGUGGAGUUUCGUCAUUUGCGCGUUUUUGGCUAUGGAUCGGGUUGCCGCCAUAUGAAAAACCAUCAUCUUGCAAAUAUGGGGAGCUUCUUUCAACUGAGGUACCUGAACCUGAGUUGGACAGGAAUAAGCGAGCUUCCAGAUCAAAUCAGACAAGCAUGGUGCCUAGAGUUGUUGGACCUAAGAGGCACCAGGAUAUUUGAAUUACCAGCAACUAUUAUUAAUCUCAGAAAAUUGGUUCAUCUAUUUAUCGACACUGGUGUUAAAUUUCCUGAUGGAAUUGAGAAGAUGCAGGCACUGGAAACGUUGAAACAGGUCGGAAUCCUCAAACAACCAUUUAACUUCCCGCAAGAACUUGCCAAGCUACGGAAUUUAAGGAAGUUAUCCCUUCACUUUCAUGGCGAUUCUGCUACUGAGGCUAAGAAUGAGUUCAAGAAUGUUAUUGCUUCUUGUCUUCAUAAGCUAGGAAACCUACGUUCUCUUACUGUUUGGAGUGGGGGAAGCUUCUUACAGGGACCUUUGUGCCCUGUUCCUCUCAGCCUCAAGAAACUUGUGGCUUGGAAUUCAACCAUCUGUCGGGGCCCGGCUAGGGUGGGCUCUCUCGUCAACCUACAACGGUUACACCUUGAAGUGGAGGGAGUCAGUAAGGGAGAUCUCUGCAUCCUUGGAAGCUUACCUGCUCUACUUGUUUUGGAUCUGAUGGUAAGAGAAAAUCGUAAUCAUAGAAGUCUCAAGGUCGAUGGUGGAAUUGGGUUCCGAAGCUUGAGGCAGUUUUAUUAUGAUAUCAGGGAUGAAGCGAUGAAUCUGAUAUUUGCAGCAGGAUCCAUGCCAGAGCUAGAAACGCUCGAGAUUUCUUUUGACGCGGAUCAAACCGAGUCUCUGAAUACUAGUGGUGGUUUUGACUUUGGAAUCGAAAACCUUCCUUGCCUCAUUGCUCUCAGAUGUAGAGUAUAUCGCUGGCAGGAUAGAACAUUUCAGGCUGCAAAGGCUGCCAUGGAGAGAGUGGCCAGCACACAUCCCAACCAUCCUAGUAUAAUCGUUGAACCAGGGACGGAGCUGGUAUACGACCAGUGGUGCCAAAUGAACCCAAUGAAUUUUUCCAGUCUUCUCGAGAGUUUUCUAGUUGACUGACCCAAUGAGGUUGCCUGUCUUUUCAGGCUGGGUCACGGUUCAAUGCAGCUUCAAGAAUCAUCACUGUAUUUCUGGGUUCUGUUCACCAUUUUCCGCGAUGAAUGUGUCCAAGUUCUUGUGGAUGUACGGUGCCUCUCUACAUGUUUGUUUGCAUGAGGGAUGCCAGAUGCAGGUACUUAUCUACUCGAUUAUUUUUACUAUUUUUUACUCUCCAUAACAUCCCUAGCUAGUCAGAUAACUGCCGCUGCAGACAGUAUAUUUGAGGCAUUUAAAUUAGCCAAUCUGCAGGGAAAAUAAUAUCCUCUCUGUAGUCAUUUAAAUUGGCCAAUGCCAUUGCUUUUUUGCACGGAGGGCUUUCGAUUUGGUAAUAAUGACACCAAGAUGGCACUAGCUGGCCCAUUAAUUGCAGUACUGUGUAGAGCAUUGUGGGGUUUGAUAUGCAUUAGUUCAAUCUGCAGCAAGACUCAGUUAUGUAUGUUGAAGUUUUCUUUGUAUCGACAAUUUGGUGGCCAUUCAUCUUAUUUAUUACUCCCUCUGUCCCACAAUAUAAGACGUUUAGCUUGCAAAGAUGUCUUAUAUUAUGGGACGGAGCGGGUACUACAUACUGUACAGUGUAUGAUUAAAUUAUUAUCAUUUCCUUUUCCUU